AGCAGUUUAACUACUCGCCAAUCACACAUAUUCAGCAGUAACGCGUUCUCUAUUCAAAUUAAAAAUUAACAAAAUGUUCAAGUAUAUCGCCUUCGUCCUUUUGGUCCUGGCUGCCGUCGUCCGUGCUGAGCCCAAACCUAGCGUGCUCGCCUACACUGCGCCCGUGGUCGCCGCCGCCGCUCCAGCUGUGGUUACCGCUCAGAGCUCGCAAUACAUUGCACGCAAUUACAAUGGUGUUGCUGCUGCCCCCGUCGUCGCCGCCGCCUACACCGCACCCGCCGUAGCUGCUGCACCCGUGGCCGCCGCAUAUAGCGCCCCAGUUGCUGCUGCCUACAGUGCUCCCGUUGCCGCUGCUUACAGCGCUUACAGUGCACCAGUCGCUUCUUACGCCUCUUACUACCCUUACAACGCCGCUUACUCCGUGGCUUACUAAAUGUUGGAUCGAAUGUGAAAAGUAAAUCCAUAAUACUACUCAGGGCAAAUCAUAAAUGGACAAAAUGGAAUAAGGCAACUAAAUUGGACUCUUGCUAAGGAAAAAAUUCGUCUAACAGACAAAUUAUAUAGUUUGUGAUAAUUUUAGAGAUUUGUAACCAGUUUUUUUACGGCAUACCUGCAUUGUACAUAUAUUGUUAAUAGGUUAUAUAAACGGAAUAAUAUAAAUCCUCCAACAUUGUUGACUAAAA